AUGCCCCUCAAAUACCUCAUAACGGGAGCCACGGGCGGACUAGGCUCAGAAGUCCUUAAGCACAUAGCUGCGAACGUCCCAGCCUCGGAGUUCGCUGCUGCGUCGUCGAGCGAGUCGAAGCGCAAGGAGUUUGAGGACAGAGGUAUCCCCUUUCGAGUGGCCAGCUUCGAUGAUCCGAAGACCUUGGAGGAGUCGUUUACGGGAGUCGAGAAUCUGUUCUUUGUCAGUACCAACACGUUCAAUGUUGAGAGAAGAACGAGACAGCAUCAGAAUGUCAUUAAUGCUGCUAAGAAAGCCGGAGUGAAGCAUGUAUGUUUGUACUAUAUGCCAUUACCGUUCGAAAAGGACGAUCUAACGUCUUAG